AUGGAUAGUCUCCGUGCCGACAUUAGGCAAUAUGGUCCGGGGAAGAAGCUCACACUAUUCCCUCACUCGCCGCCAGAUCCCUAUGGUCGCUCGACCUACAAAGUCCCAGAUGGCCUCAAAGAAAAGAGGAUCCUCUCAGAGCGAGAGGAAGAUAUGUCCAUGACUGCUCUUUGCUUCGACAAUAACAACCAGCCUCACCUACUCGACACAAGCCAGCACGACAAUCCAGACAACAGCCUGGGCGUCGAGAUUAUCGAGUCCCUUUCCAACGGCAACGAUGGCGAUAAUCAAGUGCUCUUGGUCAGGAUUCUUCACAAACCUACGACCGACCUCAAGUUCACCGUUCCCGACACCCAAGAACUUGCGGUCGUCAAGGUCUUUGACCCCCUUUUCUACCCGGAGGAUUUCCCAGUAGAAGGCGGCCCUCGGAAGGUGACCUCCAGAGCUGACAUGAAACUCAGCCGCGAGGCUGGUGCGUACGAGGAACUGCACGACUACAACCUGACUGGCUAUCCUCACCUCGCUCCUCAGUACUACGGCUGUUGGACAACCCGUCUUAUCAGCUACUCUCCAGAUUUUGAGGGCAAGACGCGACAUGUUGGCCUUGUACUCCUGGAGUACAUCGAGGGAAGCAGCAUUCAAGCUAUAUGCCGCCACGACGACGAUGACGUCCUAAUUCCCCCCAAACAACGAACUUACUUGGUCCCGAACGGCCCCGAUUCGAUUCAUUUUGACCUUGAGAAACGCUUGGACAUUCUAGCCCAACUUAUCGAGGGAACCAUCAACCAGAUAUACAAAGGAGUCUGGCAUGACUACGUUGAGCCAGAGAACGUACUCAUCUCCAUGCGGAACAAAUCAACCCUCCUUGAGACGCAAAGAGUCUGUCUCAUCUCCUACGAUAUCUGUUCGAUCGAUUUCAAACUCAGGGAUCCCAUCGACAGAUGGUCGCGGUAUCGUCACCCUCCGCAUCCUACCAAAUGCUUCGAUCUUGACCGAUUGUAUAGUUUUGGUGGCUGGUGGCCUCUCGAUUGGGAAAAGGGCAAAGGAGAUGAGCACUUCGAAAAUUGGCUGCUUGAACGCUUCGGAGAACAUGACUCCGAUAGGUACUCCUACAAUCUGUUGUACUCAAGAGAAUGGCUGAAGCGGGAGAGAGAAAUCGCUAGAAAGAAGGCGAGAAUCAAGAAGAAGAGGGAGAUGGAGAAGGAAAAGAAGAGAGCGAGGAGGUCGAAGGCGAAGGCGAAGGAGAGGAGGGCUGCGAAGAAGAGGAGGGCUGCGAAGAAGGCUGCCGCAGAGAAGACAGUGGCGGAGAGAGAUACCAUCACAGGACUGAGCUCGUCGGCCGCCGCCCUACGAAUCACUUACACAGAGACCGCAGGCAUUGCCUUUAUAAAAUCUUUGAUGGCAGCCUGGAAGGAAGGAUUGAAAGCGGACAAAGUCGGCCAAGGACACGAGGGCGAGGAUCCUCGAGGAGAUUCAGUCGCGCAACCAAGCUCGUUGAUUGAGACCCAGAGCCCCUCAGUGUCUCUGGAAGCAGAUGCGGAAGCAGCUGAAGCAGAGGAGGCCAGCCAGGAACACAAGGGUGAUGGCUCUUAG